AUGACGACAUCCACAAAUAAGCAGCGGGAGGUCUACAACCAGCAGGGCUUCCUCUCAGCUCUGCCUGUGCUGAACCACACGGAGCUGACAGAGGCCAGACACGCCUUCUCGGAGCUGGAGGGGGAAUUUGGUGAAGCGUACACCCAGUACAGCCUCCACAAUGUUCACCUUCAGUAUCCGUGGGUGAUGGGCCUGACCAAACACACUCGCGUCCUGGAAGUUGUCAAAGCCGUCCUGGGCCCUGACAUCAUCCUGCUGGACUCCCGCUUCAUCUGCAAAUACCCAACACUCAAAGCAGCCGACAUCCAGGAGAAUAAAGGAGGAGGAAGCGAACCUGAUGGGAAGGAUGGAGAGAAUGUGCUUCCAUAUGUGGCCUGGCAUCAGGAUAUGAGGUAUUGGGGUGUUGCUGGUGGCCCUGUUCUCUCUGUGUGGCUCGCUUUAGACGACUCGCGGAAGGAAAACGGCGCCCUUCAGGUCAUCCCAGGCAGCCACUGCUCCGGCAUGUUGCCCCAUCGCCAAGCCACCCGCUCUGGAAACAUGCUGUCAGUCAACCAGGAGAUCCCAGAGGAGCUGCUGCAGGCGGAUGAAGCUGUGUUUUGUCCUCUGCUGGCCGGACAGAUGUCUAUCCAUGACGGGUUACUUGUCCAUGCCAGUGAUGCCAAUACAUCCCAGAGGAGGCGCUGUGGGCUUGUGAUCCGUUACAUCCCCACCUGUGCUUACCCCAUACAGGAUCCGGAUCGUCCCAGGAAGUUUCAAGCCACGGUGUUGGCCUGUGGAGACGAUCAUUUCAAUCAUUUCUCCAACACAAGCACAUGA